UUCUCCUCGGUCUGAAGUUGGGUGACAAUUUGGAAACUGUCCUCUGUUGCUCCAGUUAGUGUUACUCAUUAUUGCAAGUCGACCCCGAGUUAACUCCGAGAGGUGCCUGGCAUUGGCCCCAAGGAGCCAAAGUGGUUGGUAUCGAGCGGCUGGCCCAAUCGUGUUAUUUGAGGACCAUUGCUUGUGGAAACCAACCCCUUUUCCCGCUUCCGCCAGUGUUGAACUACCCUCAGUGAUUACCGAGUCCAGGUGUUGGCCAUUCCGUGUCCUGCAACUCGUUCGCGUGGUACGUGCGUGCGAUCUUGACCUGGGUGUGGGACAUCUUCGCAAUAAUUCUGUCCCCAUCAAAGCUUUGCACCCCUUUUUGGCACCACGUUGAAGAUCAACCCACCCCUCCACUUGGACUUGAACUCGCCUUGAAUCCGGACAUGUUUGACAUCUGGUCGUCCAUGAGACUUAUCCCAAGGAGACUGUACAACAGUUCAUAAUUCUUCUUUUAGUUUCGAAAACCACCCAGCUUGUGGAAGUGCUCGUUGACUUGUUCAUUUGUAUCUACUGAUGAGAAUUGUUAUGAAAGUGCGGCUAGUGUAAAAUGGUGUCAUAUUACAACCCUUCUUUGAGCAAUAUGUUUCCCGUUCAUGCCUCUGCUCAUGGUGGUGCUCGACACCCUCAACAUUCACCGGCUACUGGUGCUCCUGGGGUCUCGCCCUAUUUAGCUUAUCCCACGCCUCCAGGCUAUCAUGCUCAAGCGGCGGCCUUUGCCCAGAACUAUAAUAUCUCAGACUUGAAUUCAAACAUGUACGCCCCUCAGUUCGCCUCGGCUGGGAGUGCUUUUGAUUCCGGAUCGGGGCUGCAAGUGGGCCAUGGUCCUCAUUCGCCGUCGCCUUGGCAUUCCCAAUGGUAUCAAGCCGGACAGUCUUGUCGAGCUUCCACCUCACCUUACAGCGGAGUGGAGAGUUGGCCCCAACACCCAGAGGUUCAAAAUCCUAGUGUCACGAGCGAUAGUGUCGGCAAUCCGCCCAAUCCCACCUCCUCCACUACGGAUCACUCCCCGCUAACACCCACAAGUGAGAGUGGAGGGACAUUAACCACAAACCUCCCACCGCCUUCAAUCAGUCCCGCUUAUGCCGGUCCCGCCUCUCAGAGCUCAAAUUCUCCCUCCACUACGCCCACUCCAGGGCAAACUGCUUCUUAUAAUAGUCAAGGAGAGAUCUUCAACAAAGGAGGUUUCGAUCUGUCGGGGUCCGCCUACAAAGACGAUAUUCGUUCCAUACGUCAAUCCUCGCCUCACUACGGCCUUGGCCAAUGCUUGACUGAGGCCAACGGCCAAGGUCUAUCCAACGAGGUCUCCUCAUUAUCGCCUAUCAAUACAAGCGGCUCGGGUCGUCCACAACCCGCCAGAUCGCCUUUCGAAUGGAUGAAAAAACAGUCCUACCAGAACCAGACCGAAAAGAAUGCACAUGUUGUUGACACGUUUGCCGAGCGAAGACCAAUGAUGUUGAUGCUUGGGGAGGCAGUUGCAACGGAGGAUCCCGAGAUUACUGUGUAUUGUCGAACCCGAACCAAGGACAAAUAUCGGGUUGUUUACAGUGAUCACCAGCGCCUUGAGCUUGAAAAGGAAUUCUGUUAUAGUCGCUACAUCACCAUCCGGCGAAAAGCGGAAUUGGCCAAUAAUGUCGGCCUCUCGGAAAGACAGGUGAAGAUCUGGUUCCAAAAUCGGCGCGCCAAGGAGCGGAGAGCAUUGAAAAAGCAAGAUGACGUUAUUAGUAAAGACAAACUUGACGCCGUGGCGGCCGCCCACGCUGCCGUUCAGCAUUCAGCCAUGUCGGCCUUUGGCGAGCACACAUUCCCUCAUCACCACCAACAUCAUCAACUUCUGGGCGGAAUCGGUGGACCCCCGGGAAUGAACGGGUCAUUCCCCCCUCACUCCUUGGCUCCCUCUGUGUCAUCGCCGUAUAGCGUCAAGUUUGAAGCAAAUUUGUAAAGACUACCAAGUGAAUGAAUGUUGCCUUGAUUCUAACCCUUCAGUGAGCCUCGUGUGAUGUUGCAUUUUGUCUUGCCAUACCAGCCCAGCCCUAUUGUUUCUAGAAAGUAUGUUUUCUACAUGCUUUUUUGUAUGAGAGUUCUGCGCCCUAACCCGUAUCCCCCCACGCGAUUUGACUGACAAAACGUCUCUUCCCAUCUUAAGGACCAAAAUUCAUGUCAGUCCAACUGUCUGCAUUGCGGCCUUUUUUCUCGCGGCAUUAGUAACAACAUCCCGUUCCACCAUUCCUUCGUUCAUCUUUCUUUUGUUUGUUGCCUCUCUCUCUCUCCCCCCCCUCCCCCCUCCUUAGCCUUGCUCCCUAAAAUCGACCCAAGUCGAUUCUUAAUGUCAAAUGUCAACAUAACUAACUGACAAAAUCAAAAUAGGGUCGACGAACAGCACCGAACAUUGCCGCUUAAGGCCGCUCUCGUUGGAGAUGCAAAGAACAAGGAAGAAAUGCCCAAUUGGCUUUGUUUCCCCCCACGCCAUAUUGCCCCUCUUUCUGUGCCUACGAACCUUCUCGGAAUACGUACCUUAUGCGUACGAUGCCAAACAAUUGUGGGGAAAAAUGAAGCAAUUUUAAGGAGCUUCGACCACACAGGCACGCACACCCAUAACCCAACCUAAAUAUAUGUGAGAAGGUUUAGUUCGCUUCUCUAGAUUGCGUUUCAUGUCUUGCCCAUGUGAGUACUUGGUAUUACCCUAAUUUUAUUUGUACAAUCAUCAUUUUGCCAGCGAAACCAGGCACAGAUAAAACAAAAGUAUUUCGUCAAAGGAACUCAUUCUGUGUAAAUAGUUCCUUGUACUGUGAUAGCCUGUCUGAGCAGAAAUAAACUGACUUUCCUCAUCCAA